GUCAUCCGCUCGUCAAUAAGUCAUCUUUCCGCUUUAAUUCGCGAAAAAGCUGCAGAAAAACCAAAAGGAAAGUACCUAGAAACGGCCGUAUAACGCAGCCGUGAAAAUCGCAGGGAUUUCAUCGCCAGCGGUGUCGAGCAGGCGUGGAUACGCGGAAAAGAAGCUGAGCAGCCGAAGAAAUUUGGCUGAGUGUUUGCGUGAGGGUGGAAAACGGGGGACCGCAAACAACGGAUCGCGAAUUUCGUCUUAAGACAAAGUUUUUCGCUGCCUGUCACGGUAUUCCACGGCCUUGCCCACGGACUUCCCGGUUCUGGAAAACCGCAGCCAGGCUAAAACGACGAGAAGUGCUGCAACGAUAAAGAAAUGAACUCAAACAUAUUUCUGGGCACAGCUGAGAAUGGCCUGCGGCACGAUAAGAUUGUUAUACUUGAUGCGGGAGCACAGUACGGCAAGGUUAUCGACCGUAAGGUACGCGAACUAUUCGUUGAGUCGGAUAUCCUUCCUCUGGACACGCCAGCUGCCACGAUACGCGACAAUGGCUAUCGGGGCAUUAUCAUCUCCGGCGGACCCAACUCAGUCUACGCUGAGGAUGCGCCCAGCUAUGAUCCCGAUCUAUUCAAGCUAAAGAUACCUAUGUUGGGCAUCUGCUACGGCAUGCAGCUAAUCAACAAGGAGUUCGGGGGCACAGUGCUCAAGAAGGAUGUUCGAGAGGAUGGCCAACAAAAUAUCGAGAUCGAGACCUCGUGCCCGCUCUUUAGUCGCCUCAGUCGCACACAGUCCGUGCUGUUAACCCACGGCGAUAGCGUUGAGAGGGUGGGCGAGAAUCUGAAGAUUGGUGGCUGGUCCACAAACCGCAUUGUGACAGCCAUUUACAAUGAGGUACUCCGCAUCUACGGCGUACAGUUCCAUCCUGAGGUGGACCUCACUAUCAAUGGCAAACAGAUGCUAUCGAACUUCCUGUACGAAAUCUGCGAACUGACACCUAACUUUACCAUGGGUAGUAGAAAGGAGGAGUGCAUACGCUAUAUCCGCGAGAAAGUGGGCAACAAUAAGGUGUUGCUGCUGGUCAGCGGCGGCGUGGAUUCGAGUGUCUGUGCAGCUUUGCUCCGCCGUGCUUUGUACCCUCAUCAGAUAAUUGCAGUGCAUGUAGAUAAUGGUUUCAUGCGCAAGAAGGAAAGUGAAAAGGUGGAGCGUUCACUGCGCGAUAUUGGCAUUGAUUUAAUAGUCCGAAAAGAAGGCUAUACGUUCCUUAAGGGCACCACGCAGGUCAAGAGGCCCGGACAGUACUCCGUGGUGGAAACGCCCAUGUUAUGUCAGACCUACAAUCCGGAGGAAAAACGCAAGAUAAUUGGUGAUAUAUUCGUCAAGGUGACCAAUGAUGUAGUAGCCGAAUUGAAACUAAAGCCCGAAGAAGUUAUGUUGGCCCAGGGAACCCUCCGACCAGAUCUGAUCGAGUCCGCCUCUAGCAUGGUGAGCACGAAUGCAGAAACAAUCAAAACGCACCACAAUGACACGGAUCUUAUCAGAGAGCUUCGUAACGCAGGACGUGUGGUUGAGCCUCUUUGCGACUUCCAUAAGGAUGAAGUGCGCGACCUUGGCAAUGAUCUUGGCCUGCCUCAAGAGCUUGUGGAGAGGCAACCCUUUCCGGGUCCUGGCCUGGCGAUCCGCGUCCUCUGCGCCGAAGAGGCAUACAUGGAGAAGGACUACUCGGAGACUCAGGUUAUUAUCCGCGUGAUUGUAGACUACAAGAAUAAACUGCAGAAGAACCAUGCUCUGAUCAACCGCGUAACGGGGGCCACGAACGAAGCGGAACAGAAAGACCUUAUGCGUAUCUCAGCGAACUCGCAGAUCCAGGCAACUUUGCUGCCUAUACGCUCAGUGGGCGUGCAAGGUGAUAAGCGGUCAUAUAGCUACGUAGUAGGCUUAUCCACGAGCCAGGAGCCCAACUGGCAGGACCUUCUCUUCCUCGCCAAAAUCAUACCGCGCAUACUGCACAACGUGAACAGGGUGUGCUAUAUCUUCGGUGAACCCGUACAGUAUCUGGUGACGGACAUUACGCACACCACACUGAAUACUGUAGUUCUUUCGCAGCUGAGGCAAGCGGAUGCUAUUGCCAAUGAAAUCAUAAUGCAAGCUGGACUAUACCGAAAAAUCUCGCAGAUGCCUGUUGUUCUUAUACCCGUGCACUUUGACCGCGAUCCCAUUAACCGCACACCCUCCUGCAGAAGGUCGGUAGUUCUGCGUCCGUUCAUUACGAACGACUUUAUGACUGGUGUGCCGGCUGAGCCCGGAUCCGUGCAAAUGCCUUUGCAAGUCCUAAAUCAAAUUGUACGCGAUAUAUCCAAGCUGGAUGGAAUCUCGAGGGUGCUGUACGACUUGACAGCUAAGCCGCCGGGCACCACUGAGUGGGAAUGAUGCGUUCAAACCAAAAUUUUUAACAGCCAUUUCAUAGAAAUAGAUGAGAGAAAAAAUAAUCAACCAACCAAUAAGCGGCGGGCGCUCGAUUAUAGGACAAUGGCCAAUCAAUGGACGGUCAGGUGGGAUAAAGAUUCAGCGGCGGACGGAUCGACCCUUGCCUUCGAGCACUUCGCAGCUGCUCCUGCCUUUUAGAGAGACACGUUAAACGAGCAAUUCAUGAGGCGCAAAUACAGAACUGCAACUGCCGCUUCGAAAUUUAAAAACAAUUCA